GACCGAAAUGCCCUUCCCCUUUCUUUGCCGCUGCAUAAACGCCCUAGCCCCGACCCUGAGCGUGGGAAAAAGAGGGCGGUGAGAUUUUGAGUGAAAUUAGGGUUUAGCAGAGGUGGAGAAAGAGAAGGAAACCGGCGAGAAUAGAAGAAGUAGCGUCAGCGGGGAAUCGGAGCGAUGAGCAGAAGCUUGGGCAUACCGGUUAAGCUACUCCAUGAGGCCUCCGGCCACAUCGUGACGGUGGAGCUGAAAAGCGGCGAGCUUUACAGAGGGAGCAUGUUGGAGUGCGAAGACAACUGGAACUGCCAGCUCGAGAGCAUUACUUACACCGCUAAGCAUAGAUAGUGGAAUCCACGAGUUAUGUUGCUACUGUUCUAGCAUAUCCGGAGCUAGUCAACAUUGUUCAGUGACUGUAUGGUGGUGGUUUCUUCCAUAGCCUUAAAGUAGGGUAUUCCAUGCCUGCUAGCUCUUAUAGUCACAUGUGAUUAUUGGCACUUUGAGAUUAUAGGGUAUUCCAUAGUUUACAUUGCCUUUGCAGUUUGUUCAGUUCAAGGACCUGUGCGGCGUUUGGAAUCUAAUCAUUGCAGUGAUAAUGAACCUAGAUAGUCGUCCUUUAGACUGAAGCAAGAAACACUGAUGGACUUAGAUAAUCGUCGUAUACUGAAGCAACAAUGACGGACCUAGAUAAUCGUCUGUAGGUUGAACCAAACAUAAGGGGCCUAGAUAGAUAAUGGUCUCUUAUUUGUUUCCUUCUUCUGUACUCUGGGCUUUCUGUUUGUUGCUAACCUUUACAAGGGCACUCUGUAGGAUGGCAAGGUUUCACAGCUUGAGCAUGUUUUCAUCAGAGGCAGUAAAGUCAGGUUUAUGGUCAUACCAGAUAUGCUAAAGAAUGCUCCUAUGUUCAAGCGUCUAGAUGCUAGAAUCAAGGGCAAGAGUGCGUCACUUGGAGUCGGGAGAGGAAGAUCUGUCGCAAUGCGAGCUAAGGCUCAGGCUGCUGCUGGUGGCCGUGGAGGACCUGGGAGGGGUGUUGUGCCACCUGUUAGGAGAUAAAUCUGCCUUUCUCAUGGAUAAUCUUCAGAUCUUAUUCGCUGUUUUCAUGUUGGUUCAUUUGCGAGCUUCUUCCCUGAAUCCACGAGACGAGAACCAUGAGGGAACCCUGGAAUCUUGAUGCCUUAGAAACUUGAUGUAAAAGCGCUUUUGUACGGCUCUUGAGGAGGGAACUUGAUACGACUUGUUUCCCCUAAUAUGUGGAAUGUAAGUUUUUACCUGGUGUUAUGUAUGUUCCUUUUCCUCUUCUUAUUCUUAUCAUAUUAGACAGCUUUAUGGCUUUAUUCGGAUUUCUGAAUUCAUGUGGCAUGACUUUGCUGUCCACAAUGUCCAAAAAAACUGACCCUAUCCAAUUCCAACCAAAAUUACCUCAGC